GAUAAUUUAUGUAUUCUACGUUCGAAAUUGCUCCGAUCUUUCCUUGACCUGAGCAAUUCUGUUGUUAACCAUGCCCGAGGAAAAGGAUAAAGUUAUUCCUGUACGUGUCGCUUUGAGAAUAAGACCGCUAGUUCCGAAAGAAAUCGGCGAGGGUUGCAAACAAUGUAUCAGAUGCAUACCAGAAAAUGCACAAGUUGUGAUCGGUGAUGACAAAGCCUUCUCUUACGAUUAUGUGUUCGAUACGACAAGUAUACAGGAGAAUUUAUACAGGAAGACUAUAAUUCCGUUGCUUGAAGGCUUUUUUAACGGAUAUAACGCCACAGUUCUCGCAUAUGGACAAACAGGGUCGGGAAAAACAUAUUCCAUGGGCACAGCAUUCACAACGUGUAACGAGACCUCUGAGGAAAGAGGUGUGAUUCCAAGGCUGAUCGAGACUGUGUUUCACUGGAUCAAUGAAAGAAAGGAAAAAACGGAAUUUUUGCUGAAAGCGUCAUUCCUAGAGAUUCACAAUGAAGAGAUACAUGACCUUUUGAAUCCUUGUCCUCCGGAUGAAUCUAAGAUUGCCAUAAGAGAAACACAUGAUGGUGGAAUCAAGAUUGCUGGUUUACAGGAAGUAGUGGUAACAUCUGGGGCUGAUAUGGUGAGAUGCUUAGAGCAGGGAUCUGCAUCAAGGGCAACUGGAGCCACUGCCAUGAACAGCAGAUCAAGCCGCUCUCAUGCCAUAUUUACAAUAACUUUAGAACAGAAGAAGCUGCAGGGGAGUGAACUCAAAAAGGCUAAGUUUCAUCUGGUGGAUCUUGCUGGUUCUGAAAGAGUAAAGAAGACACAUGCUCAAGGGGAACGCUUCAAGGAAGGUGUUAACAUCAACAAAGGGUUGCUAGCAUUGGGUAAUGUUAUUAGUGCUCUUAGUGAUGAGCUGAGGAAAUCUAAUGCCCACGUCCCUUACCGCGACUCCAAGUUGACACGUCUUCUUCAAGACUCUCUCGGAGGAAACAGUAAUACCUUGAUGAUCGCUUGCGUGAGUCCUGCAGACAGUAAUUUUGAGGAAACCCUUAACACGCUCAGAUACGCCGAUCGAGCGAGACAGAUAAAAAACAAACCAAUUGUUAAUCUUGAUCCGGCCGCAGCUGAACUGGCGCGACUUCGCCAUCAGGUCCAGUUGCUUCAAGUGCAACUUCUCCAGGGACAAACCAUUACAGGAGUGACUGCAGGAGGGACAAGUGACGAGAACACUUCAGCUAUCAACAUCCAAGAAAUGACGGACAGAAUCACGGAACUCGAAUCCGAAAAUGAAAAGCUGAGUUCCGAGCUGCAUGCCUCUGUCGAUCAGAACACUCAGAUGUACGAGAAAGUGUUGGUGGCUGAGCUAGCUCGCGAUAAAAUGCUGCGAAAAUUUAAUGAGCUGAAAGGCCAUUUUAGCGCUAAAAUCACCGCAAAUGUGGCCGAGUCAGUGGACAAUAGCCAGGCUGACAUGGCGUUAGCCGAAGAACUUCAAACAAAGCUGCAUGAACUCGAGGAGAGUUUGAGCUCGACUACAAAGUUGGAAGAUGUAGUUAAGACUGAAGAACAGCCCACCAGUGACACAGAACACCCGGACGAGUGCGACGAGAGCUCUGACCCAAGGUCCCCUUCGGAUGCCUCAUUUGUUUCCCAGCACGCUUUAAGGCGAGCAGAGCUUGGGAGACAACUCCAGGAAUUGAAUAAAGCACUCGCUCUUAAAGAAGAGUUAGCCAAUAAGAUGGUGUCGAAUGACGAACGGUUGUCCAAUAUGAGAAAACAGUAUGAGGACACUGUUCGCGAACUGGAGGGUGAAAUUUCGAGGUUGGAGAAGGAAAAGGCGAGUCUUAGCGUUGCGUUAACCAGCAAGAAGUCCGAAGCCUCCGACAGCAAAAUGAAUGAAAAGAACAGGAAUAGAAUCAAAGAACUUGAGGCCAAAAUUUCAGAUCUGAAGAAGAAGCAGGUUGAACAACACAAACUUUUGAAAAUGAAGGAACAAAGCGACUGUACUAUAAAGAAACUCAAUUCUGAGAUUCAGGGUAUGAAGUCGAUCCGUGUCAAGCUAAUGCGCCAGAUAAAAGAAGAAUCUGAACGCUUCAGAGCACUGAAGGCUCAAAAAGACAAGGAAAUUAAUCAGUUGAAGGACCAGGGUCGCAAAAGGCAGUUUGAAUACAAGAAGUUGGAGAACAUUCAUCAGAAGCAACAGGCUGUCCUCAAAAGAAAAACGGAGGAGGUGUCGGCAGUUCAGAAGCGUCUUAAGAUGGCGCUGGAUCGCCAAAAGGAGGCGGCGGAGAAGAAAUCCAUGAUACAACAGCAACAACAAAAACAGGCCGAGGGACUUGUUCCAAGAAUGAAGUCCUGGUUAUGUCAUGAAGUCGAGGUUCUUGUGAGCGUGAACCAAGCGAGACAGACACUAGAAAAUCUCAUUGACGAUAGGAAAGUAUUGUCGAGACAACUAGCGGAGUUAAGAAGUCAGGAAGAAGAUCAACAUGACGAACCUGCUGCCAAGAAAAUGCUCCAAGAGGCUGGCACUCCGAGCGACAAGAAAAACAAGUCACAUAGUUUACAAAUAACAAUCACCACCCUUGAACACGAGCUCGAACUAAGGAGUUCCCAAAUAGGUGUGCUACAGCAAAAGAUUCUUGAUGCAGAGCAAGGGGAAAAAUCAAGACAUCGCUGGAAUAAUAUUCACAGCAUGGCUGAAGCAAAGGCAGGGUUGCAAGUUUUGCUAAACAUGACAGUGGCAGCAACUCUUGCCAAUACAAAGACGGAAAAAUCCAGAGAGGAGUUUGAGUCCCAGUUAAACGAACUAAGGUCACGUGAAGAGUCCAUGUCUUCAGAGCAUCAGGCUGAAAUGAAAAGAAUUCAACGAUCUCACGACGAUUUCGUGACACGUCUUAAGGAGGAACACGAGGAAAAAGUCCAGUGCCUUCUGCAGCAAAUACCUUCCAGCGACGCCUCGUAUAAUUCCCAGCAGGAAACAACAGAAGAGCUUCAGGAGCAACUCGGGGCGUUGAAAGAAGAGAACAACAACUUGAAAGAGCAAUUGAGACAACUGAGGGACGUCUUUGCAUCUGAUUCUCCAUCCCCCAAACCAAAGAAACAGAAAUCAAAGAAGAAAACGGUUGAAGUACUCCAACACGACGAGGACUGGGCCAUGGAUUUGAGUGAGGAGAGUGAACAGGAGGAUUUGGUUGAGCUAGACCCAGACUGGGUGAAAACCCCCGUGGGCCGGCGUCCACAGCGGAGGUCUGGGCGACGCACCCAGUCCGCUGACGCUUCAUCACUUAUCAUUAAUUCUGGGCAAGGACAGGGAUGCAAGUGCACAGGGAAGUGUGCAACAAGUAACUGUCUUUGCAAGAAGAGCUCUACUGCUUGUUCAGACGAAUGCGGCUGUAAAGCAUUGAAAUGUGUUAAUCGUCAACUGAAAUCUCUGCCGGAAGUGCCGACUGUGGAUAUAGGAACGCUAAGCGAAAAUGGAAAUGCUUCUUCACCACCCUUUAAUAAUGACAAAGAUGGGCGACAGGCAUUGGUCGAAUUGAAAAAUGUAUCCCAAGAAACGAAGAAAGAAAUCAAGAAAACAGUGCCAUUAUCCCUUAAACAAAAUGGAACAGAGAAUCAACUGGUAACAAGCACAAAGCCUAAAGUGCUCCAUAAACCUUACUCCAGCAGUUCGGUUUCAUCUUCUGACGAAGACGGAACACAAUCAAAGCAUCGAGGUUUCUCUAGACCCGGGUCCACACCUGGGCGGUCUGUGCCCGGUCUCAUCAAAUCGAGAGCGCCUGGGUUCAGCUUUGGUUCCGCAAAGAAGAUUGUUGUAAAUAAGCCUAUCACAAAGUUCAACCAUGAAAACAAGAGGAAACGAAAGUUGUUGAAACCUUCCAACACAGCCGUAAGCCUGGGUGCUAAACCUUGAUUUGUAAUAGCACAUUUGCGAAUUACCUUUGGCGUCUUUUUCAAAGCGAGUUCCGGUGCUCAUCCUCUCCUAUGAUUAUAAGUUUUCAUUUACAUACAAAGUGAACUCAUUUUCAUACAAUAUUGGUUAUGCAUCAGGAGAGCCCAAAAGUAUUUCGAAAAUGGCCGCUGGUAGAGUAGCAGAGCAGCGUGGUUUUACGAAUGUAAUUCGUAUUGUAAAUAGUGUCAGUUACAGAGACUAAGAUAUGAAGAACUGAAUGAGCCAAUCAGAUUUGUAUUCAUCACGGUGGCGGUUUUAUUCACUUCAGCCUGUGACUUCUUAUGAGUUAAAAUACUGGCACCGUAACGUAAAUUUGGAGUUAGGGAGAGCACCGAAUGGAAUUAGUAGAAACCGUCAACUGUUGUCUUUUUUCUUUUUUUUUUUUCGGAAAUAUCAUAAAUCACUUUUUAAGAGUUGAAGGAUGAUUGACUGAUGAUAAUCUUCCUUUAAGAACAGUUUUUCUUUUUAAUCAUUUUUCCUCUCUAAACAAGGAUUUCAUACAGCAGUUAUCCUCAAAUCGAAAUACUUUAUUUUCUAUUUUGAUAGUGUUAUUACCACAAAUCAUUUCUAUCAUUUUCAAAGAAUUCCAAUCGAGUGUCAUAAAACUAUAACCAAAGUAAUCAAAUCGGCCAAUCAAAACAGGGCAAAUCAUCAGGAGCAGCCAAUGAAGCGACCAAUCAAAACAGGGAAAAUUAUCAUAGGUAGCCCGUGAGAGUUCAGUGAGUAACCGAUUCGCUAUUGGUUCCAUGUGGUUGUGCGAGUUUUCAAGACCAACCAGGGUGAAACAAAGCCUGUACAAUCGCAGAUUGAAAACUGCUCUAUUUGCCUAUUUUAGCCGAUUGUAAAUUUAUAAAUGGAUAAUGUUUUAAUCUUUUCCGUUUUUGGUUUCUGUGCUCAAGAAAUAAAUUCCAGAACGAUCCA